AUGGUCGUACGUGCCACCCGAGAACACCCUCCCUCUGUUCACCGAAACACACCCGACAACAACCCCAACAUCCCCUUCAAAUUUACCGCCAAGAAUGAAGCCGUCAUCGCCGAGAUCCUCAAGCGGUACCCACCACAAUACAAGAAGGCCGCAGUCAUGCCGCUGCUGGACCUGGGCCAGCGCCAGCACGGCUUCACCAGCAUCAGCGUCAUGAACGAGGUCGCCCGCAUCCUCGAGAUGCCCCCCAUGCGAGUCUACGAGGUCGCUUCUUUCUACACCAUGUACAACAGGACGCCCGUUGGCAAGUUCUUCAUCCAGGCCUGCACUACGACACCCUGCCAGCUCGGCGGCUGCGGCUCCGACUCGAUCGUCAAGACGAUCGAGGAGAGCCUGGGCAUCAAGGCGGGCCAGACGACCGCGGACGGGCUCUUCACCUUCAUCGAGGUCGAGUGCCUCGGCGCCUGCGUCAACGCCCCCAUGGUGCAGAUCAACGACGACUACUACGAGGACCUGACGCCCGAGACCACCAAGAGCCUGCUGACCGCGCUGAGGGAGAGCGCCGGCGACGUCAGCAAGAUCCCCAAGCCGGGCCCCCUGAGCGGCCGCCAGACGUGCGAGAACAGCGCCGGCCAGACGACGCUGCUGAGCGAGCCCUACGGGGCUGAGGUCACGAGGUCGGAUCUGUGA